UGGCCCCCUGGCUUAAACCCGGACCUGUCUGUUCAUUUAUUUUAUCACAAUAGCUCAGAUGAAUCAAUUAAAUUGUUUUCAGAUGUUUCUGUAUCAAAAUUGUUAUCAGAGCUAUUCUGUAAAUGACAUUUGUUAUAUAUCAAUAUAAAAUUUAUUUGUCUGUACAAUCUGUCUGAGGCAAAUCAGAUAUUUUGUAUCUACCUGUUUCUUUAUUUCUUUUCUUAUUAACUCUAAGUAAUAAAUCAGACAGACUGUUGGUACCAAGAGGAUAUAGGCCUACACAAUUUAUAGUCCCUUCAGGCAGUUCCUUGGUAUUUACCCAAAGCUCAGUCCAGCUCACAGCUCUGCUGUCAGGUGAUCAUCACAAGACCAGCGCCUUAAUCCUCCUCUGCUCUACAAAAGCAAGAACAGAAAUUACAGGCUUUCUUAAUGUGCAUGUAACCAACUGGAACACAACAUGAUUGGGCUUUAAGUGUUGGUUCCACAGAUGUUAAAACUAUCACUGAAUCUAAUUUGAAGAUACGCAACUGUGGACCGUAGCAGACUGAGAUUCCACACUCUUCUGGGGGCGGACUAAUUGUCUAUUUUCUGCUGAUAGUUGAUGUUCAAACUGAUUUGUCACCACUGGCUGGAGGAAACAAACAGGAGAAAUAUGAUGCACGCAUUGGGUCUUGGCUUUCUUUGUUUACUCCUCUGGCCUGAGCCUGCAGAGGCUCAGUUUCCUCGAGUGUGCUGCACAGUCGAGGGGAUCCUGUCCAAGCAGUGCUGCCCCUCUCUGGGCUCAGAUCCCGCCAACGUGUGUGGCUCCCUGUCCGGUAGAGGAAACUGCUCUGCUGUUCGAGUAGACAACAAACCCUGGGGAGGACCAUACAGGCUGAGAAAUGUUGACGACAGAGAGAGGUGGCCCACCAAGUUCUUCAAUCAGACUUGCAGAUGUACUGGUAACUUUGCAGGGCAUGACUGUGGUCAGUGUAAAUUUGGCUGGACCGGACCAAACUGUGAUCAGAGGAAAGCCCCUGUGGUACGUAAGAACAUCCACUCCCUGACCCCUGAAGAGCUCGAGGAGUUCCUCAACGCACUGGAACUGGCUAAGACCACCACCCACCCUGACUAUGUCAUUGCCACCCAGCACUGGCUGGGACUCCUGGGACCAAACGGAACAGAGCCCCAGGUUGCCAACAUCUCCAUUUAUGACUUCUUUGUCUGGCAACAUUACUACUCUGUCAGAGACACUCUCCUUGGGCCUGGUCGUCCAUUCAAAGCCAUUGAUUUCUCACACAAAGGACCGGCAUUCAUCACCUGGCACAGGUAUCACCUCCUCAGCUUGGAACGAGAGCUACAGAGACUGACUGGCAAUGAAAACUUUGCCAUCCCUUACUGGAACUUUGCCACAGGGCAACGUGAUUGUGAUGUAUGUACCGACUCUAUGCUGGGGGGCCGAAACCCAGACAACCCGUCCCUCAUCAGCAAUCAGUCCAGAUUCUCCAGAUGGGGGGUGGUAUGCAACAGUUUGGAUGACUACAAUCGUCUGGUGACUCUUUGUAAUGGCACCAACGAGGGCUCCAUUCAGAGAGGGAUAAUGCAGGGAGGUAACACGUCUCUGCCCACCAUGAAUGACGUCAGAAGCUGCCUUGGAAUCAGAGACUUCGACAGCCCUCCAUUUUUUACCAACUCCUCCUUUAGUUUUAGAAAUGCUCUUGAAGGUUAUGAAAAACCAGAUGGCGAACUGGAUGAAUCGGUCAACAACCUGCACAAUCUCGUCCACUCCUUGCUGAACGGAACCAGCGCUUUGUCUCACUCUGCAGCCAACGACCCCAUCUUUGUGGUGCUCCAUGCUUUCACUGAUGCCAUUUUUGAUGAGUGGAUGAGGAGAUUUGCUCCAUCCAACACCACUUUCCCAGAUGAGAUGGCUCCGAUUGGGCACAACAGGGACUACAACAUGGUUCCCUUCUUCCCUCCAAUCACUAACGAGGAGAUAUACAUCACGUCUGAGCAGCUGGGAUAUUCAUAUGCCGCUGACCUGGAUGAUGCAGGGGGGCCGGCCGUGUUUGUGCUGGGCUCCACUCUGGGGGGAGUCUUCAUCGGUCUCCUGGUGCUUCUCCUUAUCUUUGUGCUCUACCUGCGCCAACGGAGAAACAGAGGCUUUGAACCUCUGAUAAAAGCAGACUUCACAAAUAGAAAGUACACAGAGGAAGCAUAGAUUCCACCUGUUGUUCUGAAAUGCACUUAAACAUACCUAAGAUAAAUGGAGAAGCGUGUCUUCAGUGUUCUGUGGGCCCUACUUAGAAGUGAGAAGAAAAUUAUAUUCCUGUAAAUGAACGACACUUUCACUUCUUAGAUAUUAAAUCUAAUUCCAUUUAAGAACAAUGGUGUGAAUCACGUAGUAUCCACUGAGAAACAUUAAUCGUAACUCAAUACAAGUGAGAAUAAUCAAAAUCAAUGUGUAACUUUGGCAAGCUUACAAAAGCAUGACCUCAUUUCCGUUAGUCUGUUCCAAUUAUGUACAUUUUACAGUUUCUUUAUGACACUCACCACAAAUGCAAGUCUACUGGAAUGUUUUUAAUAAAUAUUUAUUCUCAAGAACAGUAACAAAACACAAAUGCAAUCAUCUUAAUUGCACUGAAAAACAAUAAGGCAUAUUCGCUCAACUUCUUCACCUCACUUAGU